CGUCAAAUACGGAAAAGAUGCAGUCGCCAUUUUACAUCGUCGAUUUUUACGUGUGUGUGCAGUGCAGUUACUUUACGACUUAAAUUCUUAUUACGUGGGCGUAAAACAUUUAGUGGCAUUAUUUUUUAUUAAUUUUCAAUUGCUAAAAGUUAGUAAGAAAAUAUGGGACGUAAAAAGAAGAAGCAAUCAAGACCCUGGUGUUGGUAUUGUAAUCGGGAGUUUGAAGAUGAAAAAAUUCUUAUACAACAUCAAAAAGCAAAACAUUUUAAAUGUCACAUUUGUCAUAAAAAGCUUUAUACGGGACCAGGACUUAGUAUACAUUGUAUGCAGGUACAUAAAGAAGCAAUAGAUAAGGUACCUAAUUCUUUGCCAAAUCGAAGCAAUAUUGAAAUAGAAAUUUAUGGUAUGGAAGGUAUACCACCAAAUGAUGCAAAAGAACAUGAAAGGCAAAGAAAUGGUGGUAGACCUGGUUCACCAAGCUCAGGUGAAGAUGAACCAGUUCGGAAAAAAACAAAGCCAGAAGGUUUAUUAGGUUCUGCACCAGGAGCAAUGCCUACAGGUUCCAACAUGAUGCCAGGUGUAAUGCCAGGUAUGGCAGCUCAUCCUGGUAUGCCACCAAUGGGACAGUUCCCACCACCCAUGCAUCAUAUGAUGGGACCUAUGGGUCCCGUAGGUCCACCUUUCAUGGGUCCUGGUAUGAUGCCUGGAAUGCCAGGUAUGCCACCAGGUAUACAGCCACCAGUGUCAGGUGCAUCCAUACCACCAACACGACCAUUAUUUCCAAGUGCAGCAGCUGUUUCGACAGCUGCAUCUACAUCUGUGACUUCUCCUUUAGGCACAGAUUUUAAACCAAUUACAUCAGUGGCUGGUGGAUCUAUAGGACCUGUUAAGCCAACAUUCCCUGCAUAUAGUAAUGCAGAUAGCAAUACUACAACUAAUAAUAAUAUUGGAAAUGAUCAGAAAGUAAAUCUUAUAGCCACUACUAGUGCUGCCAUUAAAAUCAUUCAUCCUCCAGAAGAUCUUAGCUUAGAGGAAAUUAGGGCAAGACUUCCAAAAUAUCAGCGUCGUCAAACUGAAGAAACUCGAACUGUACAAGCUGCUGAUGCCAAUCAGCAAGCUGCUGUAUUACAGCAGCAACAACAACAGCAGCAGCAGCAGCAACAAGCUGCUGCUGCUAAUGCAGCUGCUGCAUUUCAGGAUCAACAGCAGCGACAACAAGCGGCAUUAAAUGCACUUCAACAACAACAACAAAGAUUUCAGAGACCUCCACAAGCAGUAAUGGUUCCUGCAUCUGCAGCGAUGCCUGUUAGUUCUGUUGCAUUAAUGGCUCCGCUUAUGCGGCCCACUAUGACUCUAGCUGCACCAGCUCUGAUUCAUGGAGGUAACAUGAUGCGACCGCCCCCCAUGGGCCUACCACCAGGUGGGUCGAGCGGCCAACGAUAUUGCAUCUGUUCUGAUUCCUUCAACGCCGGACAGCCACACUUUGAUUUUGGACACAUCACGACUCUUUGGACGUGAAAUGCCUCUUCUUGAAACUAGAGUACUCGGUAUGAUAGGAGCUUUGCCACCGGGAGCGAUGCAUCCGGCAUUCGCAGCUCCAAUGGGUUUCCCCGGUGCACCAAUGUUGGCUCCGAUGAUGCAUCCACGCUUCAGAUGAUCACCUCCUAUGGACGGGCCCACCCCGCCACUGCACUUCGUGCUCUGGGCCCGCCCCUAAAUUUGAUUAGGGUCCGGACCUGAUUGACAAGAAGAGGAGAGAAAAAGCACGCGUAAAACAUGUUAGCUCGCGUGGGCACGCAUUGUUGAUCGGCCGCGGCUGCACUUGACGCAUCCUCUCCUACGAAGUUUACACGAAGUUAGCAAAAAUCUUGUUUUUUUUUAUAAUAUCAUUGCAAAACACACAUCACGUCAGUGCCUGAGAGGGUUUACCAGGUGCAGUGGAAACGGUCGGUCGUCCUCCCCUCCCCCGCCCGCCCAGCCCACCAGCCCCCCCCCCCCCCCGCCGCCCCCCUUCCCCUCGAUUUUUCUGCCUUUCGGUAAUCGGAUAUCGAAUAAGUCCAAGUUCUAUUAAUUCCCUUUUCUUCCACGCGUGGCGCGUGAUCGCGCGAUAUCAGCGCAACGACACUAACUUCUUCCCGAAGGAGUCUGAAGUCCCAGGUGAGCAACGAAAUAUUUUUUUUUUUGUUGUAAAAACAAUUUUGUUGUUUGCCUAAGAAAAAAAAAAAAA